GCACAGGUUUUUCCCAGGUUAUUUACUACCACCCUUAAAGACGAUCUAGAUGCAAAUACAACGGGGCCAUGCAUUGAAUUAUAUAAUCAAUCUUCUGCAGGCAAAUGGUCGGGUACCUAUGAUGGAUUUGGAAGAAAAGAAUAUAGACAGGGAACAAAGUACAUAGCUAAUGUUACAGCUAUAAUAGGGUGGAGGCCAUAUUGGGAUAAAGAAUCAAAUAAAACUAAGCAACCUAAAAUAUUCCCCUCAUGCGAAGGAGAAAUAGGGGCUGACACUAUUCCCUCCUGGACAGGAUGCCAGGCCAGAAUAACAGCUUUCUUAGAUGAAUGUGCUUAUACCCCCUGCUGGAAUGCUUCUAUUUACCCUGUUGCCAUUGCUACCCGCAUGCCUCGAUAUAUAUCUGUGCCUGUAGCCACGCCAGGUACCCUAUCUUUAUUUAGGCAUAAAAGAGAUUUUGGCAUAUCUGCUGCCAUUGCAGUCAUCAUUGCAGGAGCAGCAAUUACAGGGGCUACCGUGGCAUCCGCCAUGGCAUUAUCCACAUUGGUGCAGACAGCCACUUCAGUGUCUGCUGCUCUAGAUUAUCAAGCCUCUGCUAAUAUGCAGCUCCAAGGAGGUUUAAUGCUAGUCAAUCAAAGAAUUGACCUCUUGCAAGAACAAGUGGACAUAUUAUGGCAAUUAGCACAAUUGGGAUGUGAACAGAAACUCCCAGGCCUUUGUAUCACUUUUAUCCAAUAUGAUAAUUUCACCCUUGCUGCUAACCUCUCUAGAAGUCUUUCACAGCAUUUGAAGCUCAACUGGACUGCAGAUUUCGAAGAUACCUUAGUAAAAUUAAGGGUAGCCAUCAUCCAGAUCAAUUCUACGCGAAUCGAUCUCUUGCUAACAGAAGGAUUGGGCUCCUGGAUCCAGUCUGCUAUCUCCUACUUCAAGGAAUGGGUGGGGGUGGGAAUGUUUGGAUUCUUUAUAAUUUGUGGGAUGCUCUUUGUGUUAUGGUUGGUCUGCAAAAUGAAAAUAAGAUCUAAUAAGCAAAAGGCAGUUGUUGCACAGGCCCUCGCAGCGCUAGAGGCCGGAUCACCCAUAGAUAUUUGGCUUGAGAUACUUAAAUAAUCAAUAUAUAUAUACAGGUCGCUGAAUUCUGUUGCUUUGCACCAUUUGGGGUGAAGACCCAUUGCACAAAUGAAGAACAGGAUUCUAGCAGUUCAAAGGGAAUGUCGAGCAAAGCAUCGCAGUAGAUGAUACAUAGACGUUAUCAUCUAUGAGAAUAUGCCUAAUUGCACAGAGGUCGGGAUGCAUGAACCUCUCUCUCGUAAAAGCUCCCUUCAGUGUUUAGGGGCCACUCUGCACCCUAUAGAGAGAUUAGGCCUCUAUUCUCUUCCCUAAAGAAUGGCCUGUCUUUAAAUAAAAGAGAAGGGGGACAUGUGGAGAGCCACAGCCUCCGCCGCCAUUACAAGAUGGCGCCGGUAUCCGGAC